AUGGCGCGGGGGCGACUGCGGGGAUGGGCGACCGGAGCCGUCGCAAGUGGGAUGGCAGCGAUGGUGAUCGUUAUGGCCUCGUACCGCCUAUCAUGGAUGAAUGCUGGAGGAUCGCCAUUGAGGGCUGAGCUUCUCCAUGUGGGUGCGCUGACUGCUCAGGAAGAGCGUAUGGACGCUAGCUGGGUGGACGGAGACGAGAGAUACAACAUUCCGACUCACAAAGGAAUGUUUCGUGAAAAAUCUCAGGCAGCAGUUCAAACUUCCAACCCACCGGACAAUGACCGAAAGAAUCAUGCUAAGGCAACGCCGCCCUCGCAGCCACCUUCUGGAGAUUCCUUUUCUCCGACCCACAUCAAGCAGCACCGGAGUUUUGUGAAUGAGAUCAGGGCUGCAAAGGACAUGGUUCAAAGACUGUCUCACCGUGACUCGAAGCUUGAAUCAGCAGCUGACCAAGGAGCUAACAAUCUCCUCAAGUCUUACAGCGAUAUCUUCGAUUCUGGAAUUGAUGAAUAUCAAAAGAUGGCGGCAAAGGUAGAUGCCAGUGAGAAGAAGGCGUUUCAGGGUGAACAGAUCGAUUCGGAGGCAAAGAAGAUCCCCAAAGCGUCAUCAAAUAACCCCCUUGUUGCGAGAACUAAGGACGUUAGGAGCCACGACUGGCACGAGACGUCUAGAGUCAGCAACCUGAAGGCGUCCAAUUCAGAUGAUAGCGUGGAUCCUUUUGCCGCAGAGCGCAAAAUCUGGCGCGAACGUGGAAUCCAGGGUCACUUGCUCGCAGUCCCAAGGGAAUACAGGCACGAAGUUGAUGAGACUGGCGGAACAAGCACAGCAGUUUCAUCCCUUCCAGCGUUUAUCAAGCAAGCCAGGAAAGACCUUGAAGACUCUGACUAUGUGCGAUCAAGAGAGCCCUCAAGAGAUCUUUCCCCGCAGGAGAUCGCUGAGGAGAAGAAGAAUCGAUUGGACGCUGUUGAGAGAGAAGCGAAGGCACCGCGAAUGCUGUCGAUCAUGCUCUCUAUCGCCAACAGCCUCGAAGCAACCUUCGACUGGCUUCCAAGACUUCAGACUUGUAUCAGAGCUGCUGGUUCUAUCAGAUCGCAGAAUCAGAAUCAGGUGCAGACCUCAGCACCGGACUUUGCAGCUCCACAGUACUCCGUGAAAAUGCCUGAUGCUGCAUCGCCUUUGAAUGCACUUGAAAUGCCGUCGCGGGACGGUGACUCGGUGCGAUCGGAUUUGUUUCGAUCGACGGAGCGACAUCUUAAGAACGAGAUCAAUUCGAUUUUUGGAGAUUCCAGUCCAACCCAGACUCACAACAGGCAUCGCAACUCGAGAAAAGUUGUCAAAAAGCACCUCAAUCAGGAGAUUGAGAAAAUCAGGGAAAUGGCUCAAAAAGUUGAGAAGGACAAUGCUCUUCAUAAGGAUCAACUCAAAACUGCCCAACAAGCGCAGGUCUCUCUUGUCAAAGCAGACUCUUCUGCGCACAGGGCCGAAUUGCGGGAAGUUGCAAAGUUGAGGAGACAAAUCCGCAAGUUGAAAGAGAAGGCGAUGGUCGCAAAACUUAAGAGGCAGGUGAAACGCCUGAGACAGCAGGUGUUGCAGAACGAAGCAGAUGGUAGCUCGUCUCAGGGAGCCAAGAAGGUGACCAAGGGAGCAGCCCGACAAGUCAGAAUGAAGGCACAGCAAACUCCUGAGGAAAACAACUCAGGGGAGAGUUCGGAGAGCGGCGAUGCGAACAACGAAGCAGAACAGCCCAAGGAAGAGGAUGAAGAGCAGGCGGGCAAGGAGGAGAAGCAAAGUGAGGAGUCCGAGGCUACGGAGAAGGAAGAGGGCAAUGGAGACAAGGAUGAUGCAAAGGACGUGACGAAAGAAGAGGAAGAGAAACAUGAGGAGGAGACCAAUCAAGAAGCGAAAGAUGAGAAGGAGGAAACUAAUCAAGAAGAUAAUGCUCAGCAGGAGAAGAAUGAGGCUAAGGAAAAAGAUAGCAAGGAUGAGAAGGACGAGAAAUCAGAAGGCCAAGACCAGGAUACCCCGAAGCCGAAAGAGAGCCAGGCUGCGAAGCGGAUCAGGGUCUGCGACGGCUUAGGCUGUGAAUGGAGGUAUCCUGAUGGAAUCAUCCAUGUGCGCGAGGACAAAGACAAGAGGGAGGGGAUCACGAAUCAAGUUGCAACGCAUCUGUUUGCCGACCACAUCGUCCCUGCAGCGCCAGGUUUUAACGCCGGCAUGGGAAGGCACGUCCGGGCUCAGCAAGCAUAUGAUUGGAAUCACAAUUGGGAGACACAGCAUGUGUCAGAGAACUCACUGAAACAUGGGAAGAAAAUCGUUGUAGGUUAG